UUUAAUAGCAAUUACUACUAUUACUACUAUUGUUAUUGUCGUCAAUAUUGAUGGUACUACAGGUGCUCAACAAAACGGCUGUCCGAUCAAAAAUCUAUGGCCAAAAGCACCGAAUUAUACUAAACUACUCGUAGAAUUCAAAUCAAACAAAACUCGUUCCCAAUUGACUAAUAGUAUUGACAAAGAUAUUGGUCGACAAUGUCGACUGUUUGAUGGGAAAAGUCGGUCAUUCAAAAAACAGGGACUCAAACUAAUGGCCCACCGAUAUGCCGGUGCUUGUAAUUAUGUACGCAAUUUAAAUCGGCAGUUAGUUGCCAAUAGUAAUGGGGAACGGGAUCCCAGUAAACGACUCGAAAGGCUGGGUGAGGCUGCCGUUUGGGAAAACUAUUGGGCCAAAUAUUAUAGCCAGGUAUUAGACAGACAACGCAAAUGUUCAAUGAAACAGUUGGUUAGUGGUGGUGAUGGUGGUGGUGGUGGUGGCAAUGGCCAGAGUUCGAAUCCCAUUGAGUUGAAGAAAAUUUUUGUCAAACAACGCAAUCAAGUGCUGGUAAUAUUGGGAAAAUGGUACGACAGUGACAAUCAACAUCAUAAUGAUCUAUGGUUGCCCAUAAUUAAUCAAACUAUUCAGGACUAUAAAACAGAUUUUGCAAACAUUGACAAAGUUGUGGCCAAAUUGAAACCAAAACCAAUAAAAGUAAAAACAUUACAAAAUGUUAUCAACGAAAUUGAAAUCGUUAGACACGGUAUGGAAAGUAUGGUUUAAUUACUAAUUGAUUUU